CAGUAAUUAGCUGUUACAUCAUUGCAGUUUUAAUAGUUGCCAUUUCUCUAAUUGGUGUGUACAUAUAGUAACAUGCUCAGGGAUAAUAGGGUAAUACAUCCAUACAACAUACAACAAUACAACAUUUCUUCUCAGGGUGUGACUGCAUGUCGUGUCUCAGACAUUGAGACAUUGAUAUGACGUUAGUAGGCAUUGAAUAUAAAUAGACUUCUUAGAAUCAGGUUGAUUUGACACAGUGCUGCUCUUUAUAUUUGAUGGCUCAACUGGCAAAUAUUAGUACAUCCUUGAGCAAGCUGACUGCACUGUUGAAUUUAACAUUUGGGUUACAUUGUGACACAGAUUACUGAGUGUAGGUACUACAGUACAGGCCACCAUUGUGAGAAGUGUCAUGUGUCCUGUGAGAUGUACUCAGGCCCAGGACCAGAUGCCUGUAUAGUGUGUGUCCCACCUCAGCUGGAGCUUCAGGGCACCAGGGUAUGUGUGGAGCGGUGCCCUCCCCAUUUCUACCAAAGCACACGUACCUGCUGGCAGUGUCACACUAGGUGCAAGACCUGCACAGAUAACACACCUCAGAGCUGUCUGACGUGCGACUGGGGCAGUAUCUUACAGGAAGGGGUGUGUUACCCUCGCUGUGAAGAAGGCCGCUACUACUCUCAAAAUGAGGUGUGUGAGGCCUGUGAUGAAUCCUGCAAGCAUUGCUCUGGGCCUGGUCCUGAGAGCUGUGUGACAUGUCAAACGGGUUUUGGACUGCAUGCUGUAAACUGCCGCUGUGUGCGUUGCUGCCAGUCUGACGGACCGGCCAAGAACUGCUGCCUGUGUCACUCGGCUUCAGCCGCACUCUCAGUCCAGCUCUUUAAAAGGGAAUGUAUGUUUGUGACAAAGGUCGAGUGUGCGCAAAAUCAUUAAUUAAGUGGAUCAGUGUACUUCACUUAAUUUAAUCUAGUUCUAAGUUUUUAACUGAGAGUUUAUUUGUGUUUUCUUCACAUUGUGCUUAAUGCUAGCUUGACAAAGCCAACAUUC